AGGAACUCCUGGGAGUGCCGGGGUGAGAGGGAUGACGGGCUUCUCCGGGCCGCGAGGAUUCACCGGCGUUCAAGGGAUCAAGGGUCAGAAGGGAGACCUGGGGGAGAAGGGUCAGAGUGGCGGCACCGGACUCUCCGGGAUGAAAGGCUCACGAGGCUACAAAGGAGACAAAGGGGACUUCGGAUCUGAAGGCCCCCCAGGACCCCUGGGACCUCAGGGAGAAGACGGUAUUUGUCCCGCAUCCUGUGAAAGUGUGCCAGGUCCGCCGGGUCUACAAGGCUCCGCAGGACCAGCCGGAGCUCGAGGUCUUCCUGGGGUUCAGGGACCAAUGGGACAGAAAGGUAUGAAGGGCCCUAAGGGGGACCUGGGAACCCCUGGAAACCCCGGCAUGGACGGCCUGAAGGGGGACCAAGGUGAGCAGGGGAUGUGUAACUGCACCGAUGGGAUAAACGGCACAAAUGGACUUCCAGGAGAUCAAGGGUUCAAUGGGGAUAAAGGGGACGAUGGUGCCCAGGGUGACAAAGGCUCCAUGGGGCUUAAGGGCAACAAGGGUGACCUGGGUGUGAGGGGGGUCCCCGGGCCAUGCUCAACGCCCAUUAAAUCUUCAUUCUCCGCCGCUCUGGACAGCCCCUAUCCUGCUCCAAACUGGCCCAUUGCUUUCAAUCGAGUCAUCCUCAACCUGCAGGGCCACUUCAACCCAGAGAUGGGAAUGUACACGGCGCCCGUCAACGGCACCUUUGUCUUCAGCUUCAGCUUGGCCGUCUCCGGGAAGCCCGUUGUUGUCGGCUUGUACAAAAACUUCGAUCGCAUGGCAAUGGCGACUGAAGUGAACAACCUGUCCUCCGCCACGAUGACCGUCGUCUUGCACCUCGUGUUGGGGAACAAAGUGUGGCUGCAGGUGAAGGACGACAACUUCAACGGCGUGAUAGCCGGCGAUGAUUACAUCAGCAUUUUUUCUGGGUUUCUGCUGUACCCUGACUCCUGCGAAAUGACCAUGUUUGGUCGAGAAGGACCAGGUUCUCAAAUUAUUCCCCCUGAAAUGUAUGAGGGCAAAUUCACCUGGAAUAGUUCCUCGCAAGCCACCACGCCUCAACCAUAGUCAGUCAGUCGCGGGUAGAUGACGCCUCAAGCCAAUCAAAACCAAUGCAUGUUUUAAAGGAGGGGUAUUUUGUCACAUUAUCUACAAAAAUAAAACGGUUUUAUGAUCUGACGCUGCAAUAGGAUUGAGAAUCACGGUGCAUUCUCGGCCAUUUUGUGAGGGGAGCGUCUAUAGCGAGAGAAUUCAAUAUAUAUCAGCGUUUUCCGCUCAUCUGUCAGUGGUUUUGCAUCAGAAAUGAAUAAAGUAUGUGUGAAAUAUAAAUACCCUAACACAGAGAAGCUCAGUGCAGGACGUUAUUUCAAAAAUAAAGGUAAUUAAUUAUGUGUCCGUAUGAGUUAAGAGAAGAACGAUCACUGUUACUGAUGUCGGUCCUCUCUGGUGUUUGGAGUUAGUGUAUACACCUGACGCUCAUUUAAAAAUAUUUAGAGGCCCAUGUCAAUUUUACGAACGUUAGAGCUUUUUGAUCUACAGGUUUAAUGACUAUGCAAUAAUCCGGUAAAACAGAUAAAAACCUGGGGGUGCAAAUAAGAUCGCAGUUAUCCAAUUGUAUCCAUUACAGAUUAAAAUCGAAUCCUCUUAGCGCUGACCAUUUUGGUUUUCAGGUGAAACAUCUCAACAGCUAUUGGAUGGACUUCCAUAACUUAACUUUUAACCCGCACCAUUACACUUUCCCACCUCGUAGCCCAAAAUAAUCAAAUUGUACACAGCAUUACCGGUGGUAAAUAGCCCCUUAAACUAACCCUAGCCAUAUUUCAAUAACCUAACCCUAAUUCAAUAACUUAACCCUAAUUCAGUAACCUAACCCUAAUUCAAUAACCUAACCCUAAUUCAAUAACCUAACCCUAAUUCAGUAACCUAACCCUAAUUCAGUAACCUAACCCUAAUUCAAAAACCUAACCCUAAUUCAGUAACCUAACCCUAAUUGAAUAACCUAACCCUAAUUCAUUAACCUAACCCUAAUUCAAUAACCUAACCCUAAUUCAGUAACCUAACCCUAAUUCAAUAACCUAACCCUAAUUCAGUAACCUAACCCUAAUUCAAUAACCUAACCCUAAUUCAGUAACCUAACCCUAAUUCAGUAACCUAACCCUAGCUAUCACCCAGAACAGGUCCCAUAUGGACGCCCUCUUCGUAGCACGAGAUAUUCCAAUUUUAAUCAACAUUCUCAGUGGUACGUUUCACAUAACUGUAUUAUGUUAGUUGAAAGCAAAAAUAUGAAGUUGAACCUCUUUUAACUUAAUAGUAUUUCUUUCAUCUAACCUAAUACCGUUGUGAAAUGUGUUGAUAUAAUAUUUGGUUAAAGUCAACGUUUCAGUUUCUUCAGUUUAUCACGUGGUUUAGUAAACUCAUAACAGACGGUAUUGUGUUGGAGUCUUGGAAAACGAAUAACAAAUUGAGGAAACAAUAAAAUAAAAUAAUUUUUGUUUAAAUGCGAUUCAUUAAGGGGAAAUACCCCUCCUUUAAAAGUGGAGAUAUAUUCAGUCUCAUGAUUCAACACUCACUGAAAUAGCAAAAUGCACAAAUGCUUUUUUGUAAUUACUUUAAUGAACGGUUAGACCGCUGAGCUGUAGAGGUUCAGAAAUAAUUAAAUGUUUUUAAAGCACUACGAAUCCUCUGAGUAAAUGUUUUGUAAUCCUUGAGUUCAGCGACCUGCAGUUUAGUUUUAGACCCUUAAUACUUUCUACCUUUUUAAAUGUUGAUGAUGCGUAACGUUUGAUAAAAGUUAAUUAUUUUAAAUUACAAGCAAGGCGGCUGCUUGGAUCACAAGCCCUGCAACAACUUCGUCAUUUUAUUUCAGACAAAAGCAACAGAGUCGAGUUUGAGCAGAGUCACUUCAUUCAGUGACGAUGGAAAGAAGAUCAAACUAUGUAUAAAUAUUGAGAUUGGCUGAUUUGUCUUUAAAUGUGCACUGCAAGAAAUCACUUGACAGCACAAAGAGGAUUAGGACCAUCUUCAAAACAGGCCAAGCUGCAUCUUCCUUUUAGAAAUUGUUAUUUGGAAGAGGCAGAAAAGCUUCAAGCCGUUUCUCGCAGAUUAGUGCAUCUUCCUCAGUGAAGGUAGGGAGCACAAUGGUGGGUUUAAUAAAGUGGAGCAGGAGGGAUGACGUGUUUUGGUUCGAAAUGUCUUCAGCUCGUUUUAAUCACAGAGCUUAUUUCAGGCUUCGAACCAAAGACAACAAAAAACAUCGGCUGAACCUGAAACUGCUGACUCAUUUCCGGGUUUUAGGACUCAUUCCCGCACCUCUCUAUUCCUCUGCAGUCAAAAGGGAUCGGUUUGUAUCCAGACUUGAUACAUGAGAGGCAAACUGAAGGCAGGUCUGAUGCAGGAAAUUGGUCAUGUCAUUAUAUUUGAGCCACAUUGGAGCUGACUCUGUUAGCUGGCUGGGUUCAUAGAUAUACUAAUGUGAGAUCUGCAGUUCAAAUACAACCCUUGCCGUUCUUUUGUCUCACUCAAGUUUUUUAAUUCAAAUAUUUUGGUUUAGCGAAAGAAGAUGUGAUUUGUAUUGAAAAUAAAUCUGCCAAAGAGAGAGAGAGAUUGGAAAGGGAAAUGCCGUUGUUUGAUUGAAAAUAUAAAUAUGUGAAACAUCACCGUGCAAAAGUCAAGUCAAAAUCAGAAAGAGGCUUGAGGGAAGGCGCUGUGAAGGAAACCAGAUGGUGGAGGUCCUGGUCAGACAACCAUGUGUUUGUUUAUUAACUGCACCAAAUAAAAAGUCAUCAAGUUUGAGGGUGGGUUCAAAAAUGUUGUUUCAUAAAAAUAAACAUUAAAACUGAAUUCAUUUUUUAAGAAGAUGAAAUUGUCUUUAAUAUUUUAGAUAACAGAUAUUCAGCGUGACUCAACAGGGAAGAAGGGGUCAUGAGUUCUUUACGAAAUCACUUUUAAAACCUUGUGGUGAAUUGGAAAAAACAAGUAUGUCGAUUUCUGGACUUUUUGGACGACACAGAGGUGAACACAAUGUGUCGUAAGGAUGAAUGAAAGCUCCCCUGAAGCGCUGACUGAGGCGUCCUGAGCGAUAACGCAGAUGUGGGUAAGAUGCUGGGAUCUGUGCAUUGUGGUUUUUGUCUGAAAUUAAAAGUUUACUUUCUCCUGA